AUGCGGGGAUGGCUGGUGGCUGUGUAUUUGGUGAUUGUUGGGGUAUAUUUGAGUGGUAGACGGCCACCAUACAGCUACUCAAAUAGGCAGAACACAUUACUCGUUAUCGCCCACCCAGAUGACGAAGUUAUGUUCUUUGGGCCAGCGUUGAACUAUUUCCGAGGAGAGAGCAAUUUACACGUUCUGUGCUUAUCAACUGGAAACUCUAAUGGAUUGGGCAUUGAACGUGAACAAGAGCUUUAUCGCAGUCUGCGUGUAUUUGGAGUGGAAAACAACAGGAUUAGAGUGGUGGAUGACGCGUUACUGGAGGAUGGAAUGGAUUGGAGUACUCAGUACAUUUCAAGUUCAGUCACAGAGUACACAAACGCUCAUAACAUCCACACUGUCCUCACAUUUGACCAAUCAGGCGUGUCUUCUCAUCCAAAUCACAUAGCCCUGAAUAAAGGAGUUACGGCUAUUGAGACGGUUGAUAUACGUAAAUGCUUCCUCAGAACACACAGCAUACCGAUAAAGUACUCUUCGUUCACUUACCCGUUGCAAACUUCAGAGCUGAGCAUAUCGUCCACUUUCACAGACUUGAAUGGUAUAGACUGGGAUACAUACUCACAAGCCGUUAUAUGUGGAUGA